AUGGAUAAGUUUAUUCGCCUGGCAGAUGCUGUGACAGAAUUUGAGGCCGACUACAACGACACGGCCCAAACUGAUCACACCAAAUAUACUCUUGCCAUUCAACAAGAAGAAUUGAAAACUUUAUGGAAGAAAGCAAAGGUAGCAUAUGAAGAUCUGGUAAAUUCUGAUACUUUAGACGCUAAAGCAAUAUCUGCUGUGAAACCCAAGUAUAAAAGCUCUUAUUCUGUGUAUUUGCGAUGCAUGUCAAACAUGGCAGAUCUGCAUGCAAAGUUCGUUAAGAGCGAAAAGGAUACAGAGGGUACGUCGCUCCAAGAACACAACAUACACCUUCCUCCGUGCGAUACGGAAGUGUUCAAAGGCGAUUACCUCUCUUGGCCAACAUUCCGAGAUAUGUUUACGGCUAUAUAUAUAUUGAACAAGCGCCUCACUCCAGUUGAAAAGCUGUUCCAUCUGAACCAAAAAACACUGGGUGAGGCCAAAGAUAUAGUUAGGAAGUGUCCUCUUACUAACGAAGGAUUUGCCACAGCGUGGAAAAACCUAACAGAUAGGUACGAGAAUAAACGUAUUCUCGUAAAUUCCCAGUUGCAAAUUCUUUUUAAUUUAAAGGCAAUAGAGAACGAGUGCGGCGUCUCGAUUAAGAAAUUACAGCGAGAUAUAAAUAAUUGCAUCUCAUCACUAAAAAGCCAUAAAAUUGAUAUUUCAAACUGGGAUGCAAUAUUUACUUAUCUCUGCUCAACUAAAUUGCCAGAAAGUACUCUAGCUUUGUGGGAGCAAACUAUCGAAAACAAGACGGAAAUAUCCAAGUGGGAGGAUAUGGACAAAUUUCUGUCCAACAGAUUCCAAACACUUGAGACCGUCUCGGGCAUAACUGGUAUCAAACAUACGAAAACCCCGAAACCACCCAAUAGUAAGCAUGCCACUGAAACCCCACAGAAAAGACUCGGCGCCUUCCAGGCAAGUGUGGCCAAAGUUACAUGCCAAAUGUGCAAAUCUAAUGAGCACAGAUUAAAAGACUGCCAGAAGUUCCGCAAGCUUUCGAUCUCUGACAGGAUAGCGCUCGUAAAGAACAAUAAUAGUUGCGUUAACUGCCUCUCUUCAAGACAUACUGUGUCGAGGUGCACCAGCUCUUAUAAUUGCAGCACGUGCCACCAAAGACACAACACGCUCUUACAUAUGCAGGCAGCCGCACCGAACUCAACUGUUCAAAAGAGCCAAUCAGAUCCCAUGGAUAGCGUUGCUUCUACUUCUGCACAGGCUCAAUUGAGAUUAGAUUCCGCAAGAGCAAAUAAAUCAUCG